AUGGCGGUCUUCAAGCUGGCGGUUACAGUGGAGGAAGCGAAUGAUCUGCCGGCGAUGGACAUUGGUGGAACGUCAGAUCCUUACGUAAAACUGUACCUACUUCCGGAUAAAAAGAAGAAGUUUCAGACGAGCAUACAUUAUAAAACCUUGAACCCGGUUUUCAGCGAAACCUUCAUUCUCAAAGUUCCUUACAACGAACUGGCCAGCAGGACUGUGAUGUUUACGGUUUACGAUUUCGACCGUUUCGGCAAACACGACCAAAUCGGGGAACUGCAGGUACCCCUGAAUUCGGUUGACCUUGGCGAAUUGUUCAGAACCACCCGUUCGAUCCAACCGCCACCCGAAAAUCACUUGGGUGAGGUGUGCGUAGCGCUGCGCUACGUGCCAACGAUGAACAAAUUGCGCGUCGUCAUCAUGGAGGCAAAGAACCUGAAAAAAAUGGACGUCAUCGGUCUGUCUGAUCCGUAUGUGAAAAUAUACUUGAUGAUGGGAAACAAGAGAUUAGAGAAGAAAAAAACCAGCAUCAAAAUGCGAAACCUGAAUCCGUAUUACAACGAGUCGUUUUCGUUCGAAGUGACGCCAGAGAAACUACAACGUGUCUACUUGGUGAUCACUGUGAUGGACUUCGAUCGUGUAGGCUCAAACGAUGCCAUUGGACGCGUGAUCAUCGGACCGAACGCCACAGGACCCGCCCAACAGCACUGGAAUGAUAUGGUGGCUUCGGCGCGGCGGUCCAUCGCCCAGUGGCACGUGUUGCAGUCGCUAAAGAAUGACUGA